ACUACUGUCGGGGAAAAAAGUUUAGACACUCGAGUUUGGAGCUCUACAGAAAAGUGGCUACAAUCAACCAAGACAAGGCAACAACUACAGAUCUAAUAACUAUGGACCCGAUCGCGGCAGAAACUUCCAAAGUAGAGACAACAGAUAUCAGCCAUACCAGGACCGAAGACCCAGGGGAGGCCCUAACCAAGGAGUGGCCUCGUCAAGAGACAGCUAUAGUAGCAGCAGCAGCAGCAGAGGUGGCUUUGGUGGGUCUGAGAGUGGUGGAAGGUAUGGAGGGGUUGUCAGCUAUGGAAGUGGUCCACACAAGAGUUACAGACCACCUCCUCCACAGCAACACCACAGCUACUCUGGCGGAUACUACGGCAGGAGAUGAACCAACAACUUUAGUCAUCUUUAAUUUUUUUUUAAAUUUUGUAUGAAACCAGUUCAAAAUAAUAUAAAUAUUUUAUUUCAUGGCAUGAUAAUGUAUUGAUUUACAUAAUAAAUGUGGAAGUACAAGAUUUUACGAAAUA